CAACGCUAGUGUCAUCUACAGUGUAAAAGUGUUUGUAAAAUUACCGAGUCUUAUCAUCGUUCUCAGUGAUUCGUUUAUAUAUUACUACGUGGAAUUUUUCUAAACGUCGUUAACAUUCAAUUAUUUUAUCGUUCGCCUUUCGUUUUGUUCGAGUUUCCCGAGAAAUAUACCGUUCCGUUUGUAGCCGUUAAUGUCAUCUGGACGACAUUAUCCGACGUUUUGAGUUUUCACCUAACGUUCGAAGUUGAGUCAUUUUUUGAAAUAUGGCUGCUGCCGCUGCUGCUGCUUUACUUGAUGAGCUUAUGGGAAGAAACAGAAAUGUUCUUCCCAAUGAAAAACCGAAAGAACUUAAUUGGGAGGAUCCUGAGUUUUGCAAAUUAUAUUUGGUAAAAUUCUGUCCUCAUGACUUGUUCGUAAAUACGAGAGCUGACCUUGGAGCUUGUUCGCGAGUACACGACGAUGAAGCGAGAGAACUUUUUGAGAAAGCGCCAUACUCGUAUCGUAAACAGCAAUAUGAAGAUGAAUUUAUUAGAUUUUGUCAAAGUAUGUUGAACGAGGUUGAAAGAAAGAUUGUUAAAGGCAAGCAACGUCUUGCUCUUAUUGGAAGAACAGAAGCGCCUACUUUAACUCCUGCACAGACUCAAAGAAACGAAGAACAAAUAGCUUUACUCACAGAGAAGAUAAAUAAAUUAGUAGAAGAGGCAGAACAAAGUGGAAUUCAAGGAAAUGUAGAACAAGCUCAAGGCCUAAUGAGACUUUGCGAUCAAUUAAAGGAAGAACGAGAAACCCUUAGAAAGUCUAAUGAUAAUAGUCAUUAUAAUCAAACCGCUGAACUAGCCGCUGCUCAAGAAAAACAAAUGGAAGUAUGCGACGUAUGUGGCGCUUUCCUCAUUGUGGGUGAUGCUCAACAACGAAUUGAUGACCAUUUGAUGGGUAAACAACAUGUGGGUUAUGCAAGAUUAAAAAGUGCUCUUCAAGAAAUUAUGAGUAAACGUGAAAAAGCAAGGGAUGAAAAAGAACAGAAAAGAGAAGAAGAAAGAAAACAGAGAGCACGUGCUAAUGAAGAACUUGAUAGACGAAGAAGAGAAAGUGACAGAGAUCGAGAUCGAGAUCGAGAUAGAGAAAGAGAUAAACGUCGUAGACGUAUAGACGACGACAAGGGUAGACAUGACUCGGGAAGUCAUAGGAAUUCUGGACAUAGAAGUAGAAGCAGAUCUAGAGAGAAGCAUGAUCGACAUCGUGAUGACGAUAAUCAUCGACGUCAUUCUCGCGAUAAAGGAAAUCGGGAUCAUCGAAGUUCCAGUCAUCAUAAUCGUCGUCGCCAUCGAUCUCGAAGUCGAAGUCACAAGUAACUACUCUUGAUUGGUUAGUGAGUGAGAACUAAGCCAGGUAUGCACUAAACAGUUAACGAUAUAUUCGUCUCAUUUACUGUACAGGUUCUUUACCAGGUGAGUUUCAUUAGAUGCACAUAAUAUGUACAUGAUAAUUAUCUGUGAUUUUGAAGAAUCGCAUACAGUCACAACGUACCAGUCUUUGAUCCUGCCUAUUAAUUGGAGAAAUGCUCUUACUAAAUUUCAUAUGGACCUGAUUGUACAGCAUUUUAUUUUCAAUGUGACGAGCUCAUUCUAUAUAACAUAUAGCUUGAAAAAGCUGCAUCGAGGUAAUGUCGAGCAAGGAGUAGUAAAGUCGUUCACAAAAGAAAGGUAUAUUUAUCAUGUAGUACUAUAGAUAUUGUCUACAGAGCAAGAUAGGAGAAGGUAUACCUAUGCUUGCUUUGAUCGGUAUAAUGUCUUCAUAGGUUAAAUACAGUAAAUCAUUGUGUAAUAUCAACGACUGCAUAGCUUUUUUGUCGAAAAGAAAUUAGUGGUUUAGUGGAGGAAACAGUGCCUACUUCCGUAGACCUGCAACGACAGUGCCCUGUGUGACUGUGACUAUACAAACCUAGCUUCUGCUACGCAUUUCUGAGGUAUUUAUAUCGGAAUGAUAAUACCAAACAUGUCCUUUUCUUAGGAAAGUUAGACUUUUUUGAAAUUGAUGAUGUUUAUUUUUGGAGUGAUACUUCAGUGCUAGUGCUUAAAGGAAAUGAUAACAAAGUCCUGCUAUUACUUUCCUUACUUCCUAAUUGCAGUUGAUUGGAGCAUUAUCAACAUGACUUUCAAUGAUAAUUUAUCUGAGAGUUUUUCGUUUAGGGAUAUAUUAAUGAUACCUAUGAGAACAGAAAUUGGAUAGAUCAAUUGUAGUACUUUCAAACUUCGAACUUAAAUGUUCAGAGUAACUUUCCUGUUAUUUCCAUAGCCAGUGAGUUAAAAAUACGAAAUUGAUUCAAUUGUCAUCAUAAAUAUUAUACCAGUAUUAACUGAUUAUUUAAACAUUCGUUUUCCUCUAUUUGAUAAGGAAUUUCUUACUACUCCCCUUUUUACAAUUUAUGAGAAAUGUGUAUCAUAUGCAAUAUUUUCUUCCCUCCUUGCACGUGUCACUUUAUUUACACUUUUAGUUCUUAAUGGUUAGGGUACGGGCAAAAUUAUAAUUUUUAUAAAUGGGUGAAAUGAUUAUUCUUUAGCAUUAUCCUACAUCAAUCAAAAGGAUCACAACAGAGGCCAUAUGGAUCAUAAAUUGAGCUGCUCCUAGGACUUCCCUCAUUCAUAUAUAGUUUCAUAUUAUUCAGUUUGCCAUGUCCUUCGUUUCAGCUUUGAUAGAGAAGAUACAUAUUUUAUAUAUGUCUUAUAUUUAUACAAUUCAUUAAUGAUAUAAAUGUUUCUUUAUUAUUACAUAAUCUGCUUUUUAAAUAUUUACUUACAGAAAUAUAAAAGUUUAUUCUAAUAAAUUUCAACUUCAAUAUUAUCAUUAUGUAUUGCAGCACAGAAACGUUUUUAUGUGUUGCAUAAUUUAAUUAGUAUCCUAUAACACAGAGAUAGAAAUAUCGGAUUUUAGAUCUAAAAUAUGAACUAAAUGUCUUUUUAGAAAAUUGAUUUAUUUUAUUUUUUCUAAUAUUUUUUGACAAUAAUCAUGAAUCAUAAUGGGAGAAACAUAAAUUUUUAUAAUUUUAAGGCUGCAAUCAGAAUGAUACUUUGAAUUUUAUUAAUUGCUUACUUAUGCAUAUAAUUGAAAUAUAAUAUUAUUUCUGUUCAAGAAUUUAACAUAAUGAGGUUAACAACAGCUACAAUAAGGGAAUUAUGUUAAUCGUUUGAAAGUAAUUGCGAUUCGUUUGAAAAUAAUAUUUGUUAAAUCUUAACUUUUAAAACAUGGAUUCUCUAUUUUCAGAACGAAGACAGGGCAAUGGGAAUAACCAGUCCGACAGAUCCACAUGCACUCUGCUUUAUGUAUUAUUAAGGUAAAGAUUUUGCAUAAUCUUCACAUUGAAAAGUCAUGAAUUUUAUAUAAAUGUGGAUGAAUUUAUUUAAAGUACUUUACGUCAUUUUAACGAAUCAUUAAUAAUUGCUGAAAAUCGGCCUUUAAAUAAUGCGUGAAUGUUAUUUUAUUGCAAUUUUAUUUACAUCUGAAAGUAAUUGUUACAUUACUAUACAUACCAAUCAAACAAGGUAAAUUGUCCAUAGGUUACGUUGUAAUACUCGUAAUAUUGUUAUUUGAAAUUAAUAAAAUGAACCUGAGAAAGAACAUAAAAAAA